AUUAAUGGCUAUGAAAUACGUUAUUACAACUUUAAUCUAGAUCAUCUUUAUAUCUAUGAUGAUGAUCAUCGUUAUAAAGAAAUAUGUCUCAACAGUCUUGAAUAUCUUAGAGAAAGAGGGAGAUUAAUACCACUGAUUAUUUUAGAUGGAGAACCAGAAAAAAGGUUAUUAUCCAGAACUAUUGAUGAAUCAACUUUUAAUCAGAUGAUUGCUCAGUGUGAUGAAUCAACCAAACAGCUAAUUGAGAAAUGGUAUUAUAAAGAUUCAAAUCAGGAGCCAACCAGUUAUGUGCUUCACCCAAUCAGCAAACAUUUACCUUGUUUCAAGAGCCAUUCGUCAGACGAGAGGAAAAAAGCUCUUGAAAGUUGGUAUAAUGAAUCCAAGGUGAUAAUUGACGUUCUAUUGAAUGAAACCAAUCGAAAGACCAACGAAGACUUAAUUACAUCGAUAAUUUGUGAAGAAAUCAAAUUUAUAGCUGAUGAUACCAAUGGAAUGAACAAGAAUACUUUGUUAAUUCGUUUGGCACAAUUAGCCCAAUUUUCAUCUAGUUCUCAAAGUGGAAUGAAUAAAAUUGAGGAUAAUAUCUCAACGAAUCGUAAACUUCUUGCUCCGGCGGGAAGCGCUGAUCUUGACCAAGUUGCAGUUGAUACUGAGAUCACUAAUUUCUUUGGUGAAAAUUUCAAAAAAUUAGCUGAAUUAGCUAUUGAGGAAGAGUUUGCUGCUGAUUCAAUUAAAAAAUUCUCAGAGAUUGAUAACAAUUUAUUCAUUGAAUUAGUUCAUCAAAAUAAUCAUCGUCAUUCUUUGGAUAAACAUUAUAUUGGUAGAGAGUCUUUUUUACAGCAAAUACAAUUUUACAUUUGCUCACCUUCACGAACACCACUAAUCAUCCAUGGACCAAGAGGAUCGGGCAAAUCAUUUUUACUCUCUCGUGCGUCUUUUAAUUGUAGCUACUGGUCACCAACAACGGUCAUUAUUUACCGUUCAAUUGGACUAACAUGUGAAUCUCUGACUGUUGAACAAACACGAAGCAUUUGUGAACAACUGUGUAUGCUUUAUGGGGAACAUAUAAGUUUCGCUUCUGAAAUCGCUUUGAGACCAAAAGAGACAUUAAUCAAAUUAUUAUCUAAAUCAAACGAGGAGAGACCGCUAGCAAUCAUUAUCGAUGGUGUUGAUCAAUUUGCUGAUUAUAAUUGGAUUAACUUUGAAGUUUGGUUGCAUGAUGAGCUUCCUGCUUUCGUAAAAGUUAUUCUUGCCAUGACGAAUGAUAAUUGUUUGGAUAAAUUUAAAUCUAUUGGAAAAGUCGAGUGUUUAGAUAUUUCUAGUAUCACUUUAAAUGAAAUGGAGCGAAUCUUAGAUGUCACCUUACAAAGUAAAUCAAGAAAAAUCAGUGAAACCCAAAGGGAAUUUGCAUGUAAGCAAAUGAAAGAAGUGGGCACACCUUUUUACGCACAAGUUUUAUCUCUCAGACUGUCAGAAAUACAAUCAACUACUCAUCCUGAUGAAAUAAAUGAUAUUGGAAACAUUGAAUCAACUAUACUCUCAUUCAUAAAUCAACUCGGUCAUAUUAUUGAACCUCCCUUGAUGGCAGCCAUAAUAACAACACUUUCCUCAACAAGAUAUGGUAUAUCUGAUGCCGAGGUGAUGGACAUUAUUUUCAAGAGUCAAUCAUUACGAGAUUUAUUUUAACCAAAUGUAUCCUCCUUUCCAUAUUCAUUCUGGUCUCUGAUACGUUUCAAGUUAUCACAUUUUAUCACAACCAAAUCGGACGAUUCAUUGAUUAACUUCAAAACUCGUCAAAUUGCAACGAUCGUUGGUAAAUAUACCCAAAAGUGGAAAGAUGUCACUCGAUUGAGUCAAGACGAAAUGUUGAACUAUUUCAACAUUAAUCCUGAUGAUUUACUCGCAAGUCAACAUUUCUUAGGGGGCGAAGCUUUAACAAACCAAUGGCCCAAUCGUAGAAAAGCUCAAGAAUUGGGUUACCUGAAGAUGAAUUUGAAUGUAGAUGAUUUAUCUUCAUUCGUUGAAAACUAUUGUCUCAAUUUGAAAUGGAUUUGUUUUAAAUUGCUGGUAUGUGAUCCUUUCCAAUUACUGGAGGAUUUAGAACUUGUCAAAUCAAUUUGUAGGAAAAGAUCUCAACCAUUAGAUGGGAUAACUAAUAGUGAUAAUAAUGUUAAACAAGAAAAUGUCGAAAAAUUUUCAAGUGAUCUCUCAAUUCUCAUUCACACCAUCAUGAUCUCAGCUUAUCCUCUCCGAUACCAUGGAUUGCAAGUUAUCUCACAAAUCUACUCUCGACUCAACUCAUUUCUAGGUGAACCAAUAAACAAUCAACAUUCAACUUGUUCCUCUUCACCUCCACCAUUAACAUCCACCUCCGACAAAGUGAGCGAUUUGGCUAAAAAAUAUCCAAAGGCUGCCAAUAUUGUGGUGUCAUGUAAAAAACCAUUCGUACCAAGUUUAUUGCCUCUGAAUACUCAAUUUAUGGCAGUUAAAAGCAAUAUUUUUGCUGAUGAGACUAAUGAAUCAGGUACUUCAACGAUCAAUUCUGGACAAUCAGGAUCUGGUGAUGGUUUAAUUGAGGAAAGUUUUUACCAAUAUGAUCAAAUCUUUCUAAUUAAAGGAAACGAUGCUCAUGUAAUCACACUUUCAACUGGUCGAGGAGAAAUAAGUGUUUGGAAUAUUGCCAAAUCGAAACCUAUUCGUGUUUUGAAUGGAAUCAAUCAACCCAAAGAUUUACGAAUGAUUGAUCAAUAUCGAGCUGUUGUUCUCUGUAAUCGUGAUUUAAGAAUCUAUAAUCUAGACGAAGGAUCGCUGGUAAUCAAAUUAAAAGGAGUCAUGAAUCAAAAGAUGCCCUUUUUUGGGCUUCACAGUGACAAUUAUCUUGUUGCUUUAUCACGUAAUCGAAUGUAUGUUAAUAUGCAAAGUCUUAAAACCGGAGAUUUAGAGACAACAUUUAAAGUCGGCGAGGAUCGAUUCCUUAAUAGUCUUCUUGUCAGUGCCAAUGGGAAUAUUUGUGUUUGCGGUGAUGAAACUCAGAAGCCUUUCCCUCUUCUUGUUUGGGAUUUGAUUAAUCGUAAACUCAUUUACGAUCUGAGGAUUCCUCACCAUGAAUUUAUCACGAAAUUGUCUGCAAUUAGUGAUGAUGGACAUUAUGUAGUCUGUGUGAGCAAGGAACUCAACUCUACUUCACCAAAUUUCAUCAUAGUCUACGAUCUUCAGAGUGGUACAUUAUUCAAAAAAUGGAAACCUGAUUGUAACACUGUUAGCAUAACAAUUUCAUCAAGUGCUUCGUGCGUAAUUAAUUGUACGGAAACAGCUCUCAUUUUGGUGUGGGAUCUUUCAACUGGAGCUAAAAGACUCACUCUUCAGGGUCAUAUCGCCUCUGUAGAUAUAUUACAAGUUGAUGAGAAAGGAAAAACUUUACUUUCUUAUGACUCAACCGGAAAAGAUUUAAGUAUUAGGCUUUGGGAUUUGGAAAAUGGUUCCUGUUUAGCUGUUUUUACACCUGAUCAGCCACUGAGCUGCUGUCAAUUAUCUCGUAAUGGUAAAAGUGUUGUCGUUUGUUUAACUGAUUCACCAAAACUUCACACUUUGAUCCUUUGUCACAAUUCAACACCAGAAGAUGAAGUUUCUUCACUGGAAUCAUCUACCUAUGGAUCCCCUGACAAGGAAUAUCAAGAGUUUGAUCUUUCAAAUGAUGCUUAAAAUUCAGCAAAUUAAGUUUACUCCUCAACUCCAGGCUCCUUUUCACCUUUUGUCAAGUUAAUCUGAUUACCCACCAAGCAUCAUGAAUGAAUCAAAAUGAAUAUUACAUCUUUCAAGGCUUUUCAUUGACCUUUCAUGCACUUUUUUCACUUAUCAUCUCAAUCAUCAUGAAUUUAUAGCAUUUGAAAAGAGUAAAAAAGACGAUUCGUCAAAAUUGUCACUUCUUUUUUCUUCUCAUCAUUUAUCAAUUUCAAUUCUAGACUUGAAAUUAGUUCAAAAAUCACCAUAACAUAUACAUGAUCCUUCAGAGGAGCUCAUCCUUUUUUCGUCUCUCUAUUAAUAACUUGAGUUAUUCAUUCAUUAAUAAUAAUAACCUCUCGAUUUCUGUUGACUGGAUGGAGAUAAAACUGUGCUCCAAUUUAUCAUCAUUUUCUUAUCAUAAUCAAAGCCAAUCACCAUCAUCAUUGUCCAAAUUACCAAAUGUAAUCAACCAGCUCCUCACCUGAACCUCAAACAAGUGUGAUGAUCAUCCGACUUAAUAACAUCUAAUCAUAUCCAUACAACUCAAAUGGUGGAUCAAAUCAAAUCAAAUACAAAGCUACAAGUAGUUAACUAAAUGAUAAAAUGUAUAAGCAUGCAACUGAUCACAAUUGAUUUAUAUUAUAAACAUUUCAAUUGUAAAUAUCUAAUAAUAAGUAAUUAUGAAAUAUUGCUUGAAAACAAAACAACCAAAUGAAAUUGUAAUCGAAACAAAAUUGAUUAAGAUAAUUGUUAUGAUUAUUAAUAAGCCGAACUUUAAUCCUAUCA